AUCUUCGAGUAGAGAAAAUGAGCGCUUCAAGAUUUGUAAAGUGUGUGACGGUUGGUGAUGGAGCUGUCGGAAAAACAUGUUUGUUGAUUUCUUACACUAGCAACACUUUCCCUACGGAUUAUGUGCCCACCGUUUUCGAUAAUUUCAGUGCAAAUGUGGUGGUUAAUGGAGCCACCGUCAAUCUUGGAUUGUGGGAUACUGCAGGUUCUUUUCAUAUAAACUUUUCUUUCUUUUUUUUUUCCUGUGCUUUUGAAUCUCAGAUUUUGAAAAUGUGGGUAUUAAUGAUUAAAACAGGGCAAGAGGAUUACAACAGAUUAAGACCACUAAGCUACCGUGGAGCAGACGUUUUCAUAUUGGCCUUCUCUCUUAUCAGUAAAGCCAGUUAUGAAAACGUCUCCAAAAAGUGGAUCCCGGAGUUGAAACAUUACGCACCUGGUGUCCCCAUUAUCCUUGUUGGAUCAAAGCUUGAUCUUCGAGAUGAUAAGCAGUUCUUCAUCGACCAUCCUGGUGCUGUCCCAAUCUCUACUGCUCAGGGAGAGGAGCUGAAGAAGCUAAUAGAAGCACCUUUUUACAUCGAAUGCAGUUCCAAAUCUCAAGAGAAUGUGAAGGCAGUGUUUGACGCGGCCAUACGAGUGGUGUUGCAACCUCCUAAGCAGAAGAAGAAAAAGAGCAAAGCGCAGAAGGCAUGCUCCAUCCUAUGAAGAUGAUUUGGAAAACUCUGCAUUUUAUUUGUGGUUUUGGUAUAUUAUAAUCUUCUAAGUUAACGCUCCAUCAAUGUGUUAAUGGACAAACACCCAAGUUUGGUUUUGGUCUUUUUCAUGUUCUUAAUACUAAUGGAGUUUCGAACCUAACAUCUUUUGCUUCUGCAAUUCACUCAUAUGCACAAUUAGCACAAGAACCAUGUUAUCAAUCAGUUUCAAUUCCCAACACAACUAUUUAUCAAUACGGUGCACAUCUCUCGAAUUAGGAAACAAGACUGGUUUAUUAUCUUAGUCAUAGCUUUGCCUGUUUCCAUGGUUCUGAUCCUCAGUAUGAUCCAAACUUUUAUGUUUGCUUUCCAAGGAACAACUUUUAAAGUUUUCCAUCUUUUUUGGCUCAAGCUCUCAAAGUAAUAAAACCAUAGUCCACAGGAUAAGAUCCUCUUAUGGGCACAUGACAGAUCGCUGAGAUUCAAUUAACACCACCUCAAAUUUGCUUCUUCUAGAUUUGCAAAGUUUCAAGGUUCGUGAAAUUAUCGUAUUAUUUGGUUAAACAAAACUAAAGAGGCAAUUUCUCAAGUCCCACAUCGGUAAGCUAAAGAAAGUUAGUCAUAACCUUAGCGCUAUAAAAUAGAAGUCGAGCCCUCCUUAGAAAUCAUACCUUUUUCGGCCUUUUGGCUAAGAUUAAGUGUAGUGUUUGUUCUUAUCAGUUUAAUAUCUGAUAUGUUGGCCACACGCCUUCUUCAUAUUAACUCUAUUUUUUAAGAGAGAAAGUCUGUCAUGAUAGCUUGCUAUCUAGGCUUCUAUAAGUCACCCAUGUGUUUCAUUGCUGCAAGGAUCUGGCUCAACCCACCAGAGCAAUAGUUCAACUCUUUAACUUAGUCUUUAUGCUAAUCACAAAACCAAGCAAAUCAAUUUAACACCCUUAUGGUAUCUCUCUUAGCUGCUUCCAUCUCUCACCGGACCUAAAAUCGGUCAAUUCCUACAUCAACAAGGGCCAACGAUCAGUACAUAAACAUGUUACCUGUGCGAAAACAUACAUCAACUAAUACAAUACAUUGACCUAAUUUCCGUUAGUCAAACGUUGAGUUGUCGUUAACCAAUAACAGAAAAUCGGCUAAUUCAUACAUCAAUAUAGACCAAUGGUUUUAAUCAAUACAUAAACAUUUCACAUGUGCAAAACACAUACAUCAACUAAUACAAAAUUUCAAUUCAAUACAUGAACUUUCGAUAUGGUUUUAAUAUACACUAAAGUUUGACAUGCGCGUCUGUGUGGAUAUUUGUUGUUAAUUUUUUUAUAAAUUAUUUAAUGACAUUUUUAAAUAUAUAACUUUUUGUUCAUUGUUUUAUUCCUACACAUAAAAUCGAACCCAUCCGGAUCUGGAAAGAUCAUAUUCAAAUCCCACCCGAAAUUUUAUAAUACCCGAAUAAAACAUAAUUUCAAAACCCAAAAAAAACUCGAUAUCCGAAAGAACCAAUCCAUACCCAACCGUAUACCUGAUAUCCAUAUAUAACUGAUUUUGUUAAGAAAGAAAAAGUUUUUUUGUUAACUAGUUUGAAUUCUUGUCGCAGAUGGAGAAAAUUCAUUCAAACAUAUGAAUUUAUUAUGGUUAGCACGUAAAAUAAACGUUGUCAAAUUAUUAUGACAGAUAUAAUUAAUGAAGUAGUUAAGAACUAUGAAAAAAUGUAAAAGAUAUAAUAAAACAGUUAAAUAUAGGUAAGUUAUGUUUUAUAUUUCUGUAAGACAUGCUGUCAAAUUAUUUGGAAAAAAAAUGCAAUUAAUAAAGUAAUUAAGUUGAGUGAAAAUAAGGAAAGAAGAUAUAUAAUAAAUCUGUUGAAAAUAAUGUUAUUUUUAUUUUGUACUUAAAUUUAAUAAAAUAGAGUUACCUAAUUUCCACUAGUCAAAUAAUACUGGAAAUAAAUUGUUUGUCACAUGUUGAUUAAGUAAAGUUUUUAUUACCGUAUUAGGUAGGAAUUGACAGAGAGAAACGAGAAUGUUUAGCUUAUCGAAGACAUUCUCUUUUCUCUCUGUUCAAUUUUGUCUUCUUUUGUUUUUUCGGUUUUAGUGUUUUUUGUUGAAAAAGUUGAAGAAAAAAAUUAAAGAGAAAAGCUAACUAAUGAAUUACACAAGAAAGAAAUUGUUUGACCUACAUGAUUUAUUUUUCUCAUUCAAUUACCACGUAAUACAAUUUAAUUACCACGUAAUACAGUUUAAUUACCACAUAAUAUAAUAAAAAACCUUACUUAAUCAACACGUGACAGACAAUUUAUCUUCGAUAUUGUUUGACUAGUGGAAAUUAGGUAAAUGUCAAGCUUUAGUGUAUGUUAAAACCAGAUUUCAAAAGUUCAUGUAUUGAAUUUAAAUUUUGUAUUAGUUGAUGUAUGUUUUUGCAUACGUGAAGUGUUUAUGUAUUGAUCUGUACCAUUGGCCCAUGUUGAUGUAUGAAUUAGCCGAUUUUCUAUUACCGGUGGUUAACGACAACUCAACGUUUGAUUAACGGAAAUUAGGUCAAUGUAUGAUAAAACCAAAUUUUGAAAGUUCAUGUGUGAAAAUUAAAUUUUGUACUAGUUGAUGUAUGUUUUCGCACAUAUAACAUGUUUAUGUAUUGCUCGGGACCGUUGAUCCUUGUUGAUGUAGGAAUUGGCCGAUUUCCCUCUCUCUAAAAUAUGUUUGAGAAAAUGUAUAUCCUCCUUACUGUAUUUGCUGCAGGCACUUGACAUAUACAAAACAUUUGUAUUUUAAAAAAAAAAGGCAUUUGGAGUAGAUGACUAAAAUAAGAAUGGUAUUUAGGUAAAUGGACAUGUUACUGAUAAACUUUCUAAAUGGCGGUAAUAGCCCUAUAACUUGGUAUACAAAUAGACUUGCAUGUACUACAAGCUGACCAGAUAAUAUUAAUAAAGAUCAUAUAGCUACCUAAUUCAUGCAAAUCUUUAUGUGGGGAAAUGCAAUAAAUUGUCUAAACUACAUUAUUAUCGUCAUUUUCAAAUCUUCUUCUCUCUUCCUUUGUUUUUGGAGUCUAUAAAAAAACUGUAUGGAUCUAUCGCACAUCUGUUUGGGAGGAAGCAUAAUAGAAGAUGGUGUAUGCUCUGCUUGUAGAUUAGCCGGACCGAAACGAGACGCAAAUUUCUGCUCAGCUUGUAGUUUCUAGCCUCAUUUCCACAACAGAAGCAUACAGGGCUGUAGCACCAAUCUGGGCUGUGAACCCCUGCUCGGAGGAUGUGGUGCUCUGUUGGCUCUCUCUCUCUCUCUCUCUCUCUCUCUCUCUCUCUCUCUCUCUCUCUCUCUCUCUCUCUCUCUCUCUCUCUCUCUCUCUCUCUCUCUCUCUCUCUCUCUCUUAUUUUCUCAUCCCCAACUGUCUGAAUUAGAUCUGUCAUUGUAUUUGUUAUCCUGGUUUCUAAACAAAGAUCUGAAAUUCUCCUUUCUCUCGAAUCAAUCAAUUGCUGCAGUUGCUAGAAACGAAUCUCCAAAGCUUCACGUGACAGACCAUAUCCUUGUCAGAUUCCAUGUCUACCUUGAGCCCAUCACCUCUUUUUACCAUCUUCGAGCCAUAUCUUCUAUAUCCAUAGCUAAGGAAACCACUUACAUUGUUUGAGAUCGUCAGCGGAGCGCUCACAUUAACCGGUGUGGAGGGAUAUGAGAUCAGCCUGGGUGAGCAUGUUCAUCUGAGGAGCCGGUGUCGCCCUAAGCAGAGUCAUAAGUAGCUAAAUCAGCAAGUAAUAAAGUUGUGCCCUUCUUCUUUGUUUUGGUGGCGAAGGCAACAUAUAAGUUGAGAGUAUUGAUGGAUCUCAUCUUCGUGUUCCUCGGCUUUAAGAGCCUCACAAUGCUUUGAUUUUCUAUUAUUUUUUUCUUUUUUUCGAAUAAAAAAGGGUUUUCGUUGUUCGGAAUUUCCAUAUCCAUUGUAUACUUUGAUUUUAAUGGGGUAUAUAUAUCUGAUUUAAUAGCCCAAGCACGAUGUUUUGAUGCUUUGUGAUCUUGUCUGACAAUGUCUGAUUUGCUCUUA